AUGUAUUUUCAACGCCAAGAAGUUAUUGGAGUACCUCCUAUUCUUGCAUCAAUAGGGUCUAUAUUUUCAAAUGAUUCUAAGAAGAAUAAACUGAGUCCAACUUACCAACUUUUUGUUGGAAUAGGAUAUAUAUUUUAUUUAAUUAUUUUUAUGAUUGUAAUAACUCAAGUAAUUCAGCCUAAUGAAGAAUAUUCUUCAAUAUAUAGUAUUCAGAAUAUACUAAAGUCUGCAAAUUGGAACCCUGAUUUAUCAACACCUAAAAACUCUAUGCUAUAUAAUAUUCAGACAAAUAACGAUAUUCAAAAUUGGAUAUAUUAUGUUUUGGGUCCUCCGCUUUUAAAUGGUCAUAUUGCAGACCAAAAUCAAAUCAUUGGGGCUUCUAUAACUAAAUGUGUUGGAGAAUAUAUGGAAAAUGAAACAGAAAGUUAUUACAUUCCUUCUGACUAUGGCAUUGCUAAGGUUCUCGACUUAAGUAAUUGCAAAAAAACAAAAUUAAACUUGGUUUCAAGGAUUGCUUCGCCAUAUAAAUACAUAGAAACUUUUUUUGAUUCUUCCGAAGACUACGUUAUCCAAGAAAUUGAAUCUAAUCCUGAAUUGCCGGUAUUACCUAAGUUGUCCAAUAAAACAGAUACAAUUUCAUAUACAGUAGAACUAUUGUUUUAUAAUGGAAAUAUCGAUACAUAUAGCGUAAUAUCAUUUUCAUUCAAUCUUUCUAUUUUUGGCACAUUUAUUCCUGAUGUAUUAUCUCACAGUGUUUCACCUAUAAAAAAAUAUGUUGGGUUCCCAUGUGCUGAAAGUUGUAAUCUAAAUAUUAGUCAGAUCGUCAAAUCGGGAUUUUUUUUUGCAUAUUGCGUCAUUUUUAUUUUCCAUUUCAUAUCAGGGAUUUUACUACUAAUAUCUAGUGCAUCAGGUUCCUCAAACUAUUCAUCCAAAGAAUCCGAAAGAAAUAGUUCAGGAAUUGAAUCUUGGUCAAAUUACUAUAAAGAAAGAUCCCUUUCAAUAGCAAUAAGAAUUUCUCAUUUUUCUGUAAUUUUAUUAUGGAUUUCAUCUGCGGUUUUAGUACAACUACUCCCAAACCAAUCUCUAAAAAAUAUUCUAGAGCAAAGUAACCAAGUAGCAGAAAAAAUCAACUUAUCACAAUCAUCUGAAGUGCCACUAUUAAAUUCCAUCAUUUAUACAAUUAAAAUUGCGUCAAUUAUCAAAUUUACUGGGAAUGUAAUUGCAUGUAUCGCAUCAUUUUUGAUGUUGUUUAGGAUCUUUCAGAUUUUUUCAUCCCUAUUUUCAAAAGUCAACGUUCCAUUAAAGACAAUCAUAUUAUACUUUAAAAAAGUUGUUGGAUUAUUUUUCCUUAUAAACCUAGUGAUAUUGACUUUGGCACUUGGAAUUAUCAUUUAUUUGCACAUUGACAAGUUUUCACCAAGUAUUAAAGGAAUUCAGACAUCUAUGAGUGCUUCGCUUUUUUCCCUUAUGCUUGCACCGUUUUCUAAUAGUCAACUAGGGGGAAGUAUAGAAGCAGAAAAUAAAAUUCCUACUGUUAUUUUUUUCUCGAUAGCAAUAGGAAUAUUAACUUUGUAUUUACUUUUAAUUCCCUUAUCAACUGCUACAAUAAUGUUUAUUUACAAUGAAGUUGAAAUUCUUCAAUCCUUAAAACAAAACACAGAUAAUAUCUACACAAUUAAAGCAACUUUGAGUGCUUGGAUUCAACAACUUUUUUUUCUCUCAACAUUUUGGCAAUCAAAGAAAUUUUGGUUGUUUUCCUGUCAAUCAAGUGAUGAAGUCAUAAAAACAGCACAUGACACACAAAAUGAAAUUGAAGGACAAAUCCAUCCAGAAAAUAACAGCAAUACAAAAGGAAACAUUUUGAACGAGGAAACAAAACAAAUUGGUAAAUUUAAUGAAAAAAGCUUAAAACAGAUGAUACAACAAAAAAAGAAACAAUUUAAAAAAUUUUUUGAGUUACCUCCAAAACUUGAAUAUAUCCCCUACCAUCUUUUUUUUUUGACAGUAUUAUUUUCUAUUGUUUCGAUUUAUUGGAUUAUAAAUGUAAUAGGAUACCAGCUUCAUACUGAAACAGGAGAUGUAAUUUGGAAAAUUCUCGAUUCUCCUUUUAGAGCAAGAUCAUUCUAUACAUUUGACCCAACUUCAGAUUUUUUUCCAUAUAUGUUUAAAGAUUGUUCCAAAAAAAAUGAAAACCCCAGUUUCUUAUACAAUAAAGAUCAGUUACCCAAUAUUCCAGAAGAGCUACUUUACGGAUUAUAUCAAUCAUACAGUCUAACAAAUAUUACUUCGUUAAGUCAUCUAAAAACUUGGAUUCAAAAAAUUUUUAUUCCAUUAAUAAAAGCAAAAAAUCUCCAAAGUUCAGAAAAAAAAGAUUUUCUAAUUGAUCUUGGCCAUCCAACACUCGAUUCAACAGUUAACCCAAUACUAUUAUUUAAACAACACUUUAGCCCCGUAAAAUGCAAUUCAAAUCCAAUUUCUUCAAAACUAUAUUUAAGUACAAUAGCUAAAUCAAAAAGCUCAUUAAGUAUAAAAGAUAUUUCAAAGUUCAAUGCAUUAUCAAUAACUAAAGUUCCAAAUUCAUCAUUUUAUUUAGCUCCAAAGACAGGAGUUUCAAAUAUUAGAAACAUUUUCUCACGCAUUCUUAAAUUUUUAAAUUUAGAGGGAGUUAUAUUUAACAGAAAGCUAACUGUUUCUCAAGAAAAUAAUUCUCAUAUGGAGUCUUCACUAUCAAGCUCAGGGGUAGAUAGAAUAUUUUUCUUAUAUGCAGGCAAAGAAUCAGAAAUAUCCGAACAAUUUAUUAAAUCGUUAAAUGGAGAAGAUGAAGGAAACUUAUUUUGGGCAAUAAAGUCUUAUUCUCUUUCUACAGGGAGCGAAGUAAAUGUUGACUUAAUUCCUUCACUAGACUCUUUCAGUUCAAAUGAAGAGAUUAAUAUUCCUUUUAAUGGAUUGUUUGAUUAUAGUAUGAAUACUUUAGAAAUUUACUUCCCAAUCAUUAUUCCUAAUAAAUAUUCUGUUUCACUUUUGACACUAAAAUUUGAAAUCUUACGAACAGGUCAAAUUGAAAUUGAAUAUGCUUCUGACUUUGUGAAACGUGAAUGGAUUAAUCAAAUUAAUGAUGAAGAUGGAGUUUUAAUUGGCUCAAAAAAUAAUGAAAAUUUAGAUGAAAGUUUAGCUGAGGACAAAAACGAAAACCAAAUCAAUAGCUCAGGUUCAAAUUUAGGAACUUGGAUAUUUUCAUUUGUUCUGAUUGGAAUACAAUGUUUAAUUUUCUUAAUUUUCUUUAUACUAGCGGCUUAUAAUUUUUACAGGAAAAGAUUAUUAAGUAAAAGAUUAAUGAAUCAAAUAAAUUACAAGAUGGAUGUUUCAGAAUCGGAGAGCGAAAAUGAUAUGCCAAAGAAAAAAAACAGAAAACUCGGAAUCCGAAAAAUUGCAAAAAAAAUCAGGAGAAAAGAAAUAGGAAAUGAUCAAAAUAUAAUUAAAAAGCAAACACUAGAAUCAUCUGGGAAUGUAAAUUUUAAUGAAAAAAAAAAUUUACUAGAAUUUAGAAAAAAGAUAAAAAGAAAACAAGACAAAGAUAUUGAGGAAAUUGUUGAAUUCAAUCACACAGUUGAAGAAGAAAUAUAUGAUGAAGAUAUAUUAAGUUUAUACAAGUUAAGUAAUUUGAAUAUUCUAAUUAUUGUAGUGAUGUCAAUUAUUUUUUUUGCACUAUUUUUUUCAUCCAUCACAUAUUAUAUUUUAAUAAUAUCUAGAAAAAUUUCGAUAAAUAUUAAUUCAAUUGAUACUGAAGGUGGGUUCAAUUCAAUUGUUUCAUCACUUGGAAUUAUAUUGCCCUGGGAAAUUGAAAAGUCCAAUUUGAACAAUAUUGACUCAAAACUAAAUAUGAUUGGCUCUAGUUCAGGUUUCUACAAUGAUCAUGUUUUUUCAUUCAAUAAUUUAUUUGAAACAAUAAAUAAUAUCCAAGAAAUCAGCAAAUACUUCCAAAUGUUCGAAAUUAUUGGAGUUCUACUUAUAAUAACAUAUUUAUCUAUUAUUUUGAUUUACUCCAGCUUAUUGGUUGAUCGUCAUAGGCGUACAAAAAUACUAAAAAUGAGACGUUUCAUGGAAAAAAAUGGAAGAAAACUAACGGGAAACUCGUUCGAAUCUCUUUCAGUUUUUACAUUUAUGGAUACUACAUCUCAAAGAGGUUUUAGUUGGAAUGAUACAAAUUAUGCUCUUAUUCCUAUUUUCUUUGUUGUUAUUUCGUUUAUUCUUAUUUUUUCUUUAGCAGGAUAUUCACUAUUGGGUUAUCAGGAGACAACCUAUUUUUCAUAUUAUUAUUCAGUAUUAAGCUCCUUAUUAAUUAUUUUUAAUUACAAUAGUGUCAAGCAGGUAAUAAUGACAACGAUCACUCCCGAUAUAUCAAUUAGAUUUAAAUCUAAUAUUAUUACAUUUAUUUGGAGACCAAUAUAUUAUUUAAUAACAUUCUUUACUUUUAACUUCAUUUUGAAGGCAUUAAUUCCUGCUUCAAUAAUAUUUUAUAUGCGUUCAGUUGCAUCCAAAAACCUACAGAUUUCGCAAGAUACUCUUCUUUCUAAGUUAAAUAAUGUUGCUGUAACAAGACCUUCAAUUCCAAUAUUCAUGAAUGAUUGUAUUUCACUAAGAAUGAAAUUCUUCAUAAAAGCACUUUAUAAAAAAUUGGGAAAAUUUAAAAAUUUUGAUAUGAAUUUAAUGAAAGGGAACACAAUCGAAGGAGAACAGAAUGAAAGGGAUGUUAAUCUAACAGGAGAAAACCCUGAUUGGAUAUUUGCAAAAUUAAUACCAGAACUUUUCAAUGAAAUAAUUCACUAUAAAUUAAAUAUUGCGGAACUUGUAAACAAAGACCAACAAGGAAUACAAGAAAUAAGAGAUUAUUUGGGUAAUAUAUCGCUUCAGUUAUUGCUAAUUCAAGAGCAUUUGGUGAAAAUUGAGUUUUUGAGGUGUAAACUUUCAAUGAUAAGACAAGAAUUGAUGAAAAUUGAAGAUGUCAAAAAAGAUAUAUCAAGGGGGAACAGAGAGUCGCAGCAUUAUAUUGAUAGGCUUUUACAACGACUAAUGAGUAUUAAUGACGAAAUUGAGCAUUUGGAUGAAAGCAACAGAGUUUUAGGUCAAGAAAAGGAAUCCAUAAAACAAAAAACGGAAAGUGUAACUGCAAACUAUUCUCUGCAAAAAGAAAAAGAAAAGUUUUCAACCGACUUUUUGUUUGAAUAUGAUAACUCAUAUGCAAAAACACUAUUUGAAAAUUCUAAAAUCAACGAUAUAACUAGCAGCGACGAAUAUUCGGAUGGAGGUUCAGAUGAACUUAAAUAUCUUGGCGAAAUAGAUAGAAACAGUGUUUAUUCAAAUAAUAAAAAAAGAAAUAUAAUUAACUAUAUUAAUAGAAAUGGCAAAGAUAACAAGAAGGUCAAAGGUGUUUGGAAGAGAGACUAA